GGAGGCAUCACCGAGUUUUACUUCCGAACUCCCAGUUAGUGUGAAAAUUUCGGCUAGGAGCACCUUGCUUGCCGCUGUCUUCCUCUCGUCCUCUGUGUGUGCGCUGUGCCUCCGCUGUCGAGACAGGCUUUGCACCUCGUUUCAGGAGGCUCAUUUGAUUUCACUUCUAACACUUAAAAACAUGGAGGAAAGUGAAGCCCCCGCUGCGAACGUGGACUUUUUCGAUGAGUUCUUCUCCCAACUCUCGCACAUUCUGAAGGACAAGGACGAGGAGACGUGCUACAAGGAGAUGUUCCGCAUCUUGGACGACAACCGCAAGGGCUUCAUCCCCAACGAGGAGCUGCGCAGCAUCUUCGUGUCCAUCCAGCAGCAGGUUCAGAUGAGUGACCAGGACGUGGACGAGCUUAUCGACGACAUUGACAAGAACAAAGACGGCAAGGUCGACUUCUCAGAGUUCUACAAGUUCAUGUUGAAGGAAUGACAUCCCUGUGCACAGCGACUAACUGCCGAAGCUUCCCUUCAUCCACAUCAAUGCCAAGUCCUCAUUGCGUCGUAGCAUCCACACUUCAUCUGCGUAGUGUUUGGAAUACCCGAAUCUAGUGUGACGUAGUAAUUCAGUUGUUACGUUUCGUUGGUUUUUGUUUUUUACUCCUAGAUCGAUAUUUAAAGAAAAAAAUCAUAACCGGGACUACGUACAAAUUCUGAAGCACUCCCUGCCGUUCGAAGGUGAAAUGAAGAAUGCAGGUGGUUGCUUCAACCUAUUGUUUCUGUCUGCCUCGCGUUGUUGAUCAAUAUUAUCAAGUUCUAUUCUUUCAGCGGUUCAGAUUGGGUUAAUUAUAGGGCAGCCUAAGUGCUCCCUACCCGUGAUCAAUCGUUGCUGUUACUGUUGUUGUGGUUGUUGUUGUUGUUGCUGUUGUUCUUGACGUUGGCUUUUGUUCUGGUUGGUGUCUGCAUCUAUUUAUUGUGUAUAUUAUUAUACAGCACCCGUUUGCAGCAUCAGCUCGAUUUCUGAAGCACAAAUUCUUCUUCUCGGAGAUUUGAUGCCAGCCAGCGACCGUCUGGAAGAGGUUUGUGGUUUCUUCACUUGGACCCGUCAGGCCAGGUAAUCCUAGCUCGGGUAGCAAUGUGAACUCGACUAGGGGGACAAUGAAGACCUGCUUAAAGGGCGUUGCUUUUUUUCGUGGCUUCUCGAAGCCACCAAUCACGUGAUUAGUUUCGAGACGUUGCUCAAUAUGCCAGACAGAGAGGUGUGACUGGCUAAUGGACGGAGGUAAUACACAAAAGCUCAUCAAAUGAAUGACACUGUAAAAAUACAAUAUAUAAUAUACAAGAGGUAAAGCACAAGGCAGCAAAGACAUCUGACAGUGCUUUGUCAUAAUGUUAUCUUAUCUAACCAACUCUGGAUCUGGCUUACUGGCCGAAGAACAAUGCAAGGUUGAGCAACGCUUCGUAACGAAAUGCGCUAAGAUUACAAAGGCUCGGACUUGAUACGAACAAUAUUCUCGUGAAGAGAAGAAAUUUGAAAGGUCGCUGCAGCAGCCAACUAAUGUUUUCCACCAUGCGUGACGUCUGUGUUGGCUGUUACCCAUGUUGCUGUCACAUAAGACCCGAGAAUGCGUUUUCCCGUUGACACCUAGAUAGGGGGAUGACCAUUGCGAGUUUGGUAGGCCAUUCAUAUCAAACGUUUCACCAACGUACAUAACGUGAAAGAACAAGCUAUACACAUUUCUUGAAUGUAAGAGUAACUUUGGUUUUUUUUGUAUUCGUUUUUUCUUUUAUCAAAAAAGUUACCUUACACAGUUUUUCUAUCCAGCUGUGUUGGAGGAUAGCAGGCUUGGCUUUCAAAACACCAACUGUCUCGACAAUGUGCUGUUGGUUCCAGUCUAGUGUUUGUUUUAGAAGAGACCCUAAACCUGUGUCUAUUUUUCUUUUAGUGUUUUUUUAAAACAAAACCAACCCACGCUACUUUCUUGCCCGAAAUAUAAUUCCCUUCCCUUUUAAAAGCGCAGUGGGAGGAGUGAGACUUAGAUUCCCCAUCGUGUUCGUUCAGUAGAGAGGUCUGCUUUGAUGUCACUAUCAUUAAUAUUGUAUGCAAUGGACUUAUAAUUCCCUCGCUUUUGAAGGAUAUAUUAAAUAGAACAUUCGCAUACGAAAGGAGUGUUGGUUACUCAGUGACCAUUGCUUUGAAGUUCAGCUUGAGGUCCACUCUUUCUUGCAGCUUUCAACAGCAACUGUCUGGACAGUGGCGUUCACCCCUCGACAUCAAAACAGACCUCAUACUGUUACCUACGAGUUCAUUAAAAAUCCUUACUUUUUUCGUUGUCAUUGAAUUUCUCAUCGCUGAUUCUCACUCGUUAUGUCUCGAGCUGUUUCAACGUCAUGUUUUGACUUUGAAAAUUAUAAAUAAAAAUUUACCAAUUUGCCA